GUUACGUUGCUAGCUAGCUUGUUAUUAGUAGGUUACAGUACAUUUGAUUUGAAGUUGGUGGCAUGCUUUUGCUAGCUAGCUAACUUAGCUAGCUACUGUUAACUACCGUUAGCCACUAUUCGUUCUGUUGAGUUAUCCGUUUUUAUAUCAUGAGUUGGGGUAGAAAAAAAACACAGCUUCGUAAAUCCUAAUAAAGGUCAUUUUUUUAUGCGUGUUCACAUUUCACAUGUCAACUUUAAUUUCCCGUAACUGACGGUUUAUUUUGGUUGAUAGCAACGGCCACCAUAUUAGAAGUUUAGCAGAGAAACGGUUCCGUUCAGGGAAGGCAUGAUCCAAUCAGAGCUGCUCGUCUCUCUCCCAAAAACGAUGCCCAACAUCUGUAGACGAUUCGAUCCAUUUUUAGCAACAACGCAAAUGCUUUGCCAUCAUUUCAUGUAUCCGCGUAUUAACAUAGACACUUUUUUUUUUAGCGAGAUGACUGACAAAUUUUAAUUAAAUAAAUAGCUACUUUGCAACAGCGUUGACAGACCUGCAAAAGUUGAGGCCUGUUUUCAGACGACAUUUUUUGGUCAGGAAAUGACAGCUCAGUCUACCGUCCUCGUUUUCAGCAUGUGAUAAAAAAUGCCAAACCGUUAUCUUCGCCAUUUGCAUUGUCUUGUUUAAAGCCUCUACAUUGUUUAGGUGACUUAGACGUAUGCGUACUCGGGUUUGCUUCACUAAGCUACUAAACAAAGCUAUUUUGGUUGAAAUUGACGAAACUAUGCGCCAUUAAUGCUCACACAUUCGAUAAUCCAGUUAUGCGGGUAAUAUGCGUAGCUACAGUAAAUGAAACACAGAUAUUUAUCUAACUACACCUCCCCUUGAUAUUAAUGAAACACUUCGCAUAUACACGUGUUGACAGGUCAGUCAGCUGGGAGGAGGCGUGAUGGGUUUAAGUCGGGACAUUUUUAUGCAAAUGGAGACGCUGCGCUACUCUGCUUCCGCUGUUCCAAACCCUGUGUUUUCCUACCCGUUUUUAUCACAGGGACAUUCCAUGAUAACAGAAUGAUUUAAACAAAACCAAUGAUUGCAAAGUUAAACAAACUAUACAAGUGUAUGCACGAGGACUACUUGUAACAAUUUCCAGUGCACAUUUACCAAAAAAACAUUUACUUGAAAAACACUGGAACCUUGGGCUGGGGGCUUGGUCUGACCCCAAACUACUACAUGAGUACAGUCAGUCAGCCAGCCAGUAGAUCAGUAGAUGUCCACCCCUACAGAGCAUUUGGGUGGUAUGUCCCAGCCCCACCCGGGUCCACAGGCAGGUGGUAUGUCCCAGCCCCACCCGGGUCCCUCUCCGUGCCCAGGCCGGUCCCCAGGACCAGGCCCCUCCCCUAGCUCCGGACCCCCCAGCGGAACCCCCAGCCUACAGGGGCAGGGGGCUGGGGACUACCUUCAGGACACCAUGCACCCCAUGCACCAGCCGAUGGAGGGCGUUGAUGAGAAGGGGCUGGGAGAUGAGACGAACUAUGGCCAGAUGAAGGGAGUUGGGAUGAGGGCGCUACACAGCGGAAUGGGCCCUUCACAGAGCCCUCUGGACCAGCACAGCAACCAAGGCUACAUGCCCCCACAGCCAUCCCCCCUGGGUGUCCCAGAGCACGCUUCCAGCCCCCUAUCCAGGGGCGGCCCUACGCCUCCCAUGCCCCCUCAGAUGUCCCCCGUCCCGUCGGGCUCCAUGAUCCCCCAGAUGGACCCCCAGUCAGCCAUGGGUCCCCAGGGGCCUCUUGGUCGUGGCUGCUCCUCCUUCAGCCCUGUCCAAUUACAGCAACUCCGGGCCCAGAUCCUGGCCUAUAAGAUCCUGGGGCGGGGCCAACCGCUUCCUGAAAACCUCCAGCUGGCGGUCCAGGGCAAGAGGAGUCUGCCCACCAUGCAGCAGCAGCAGCAGCAGCAGCCGAGCACUGGCAGCCCCUACAGCAGGCCUCCUGGUAUGCCCAUGUCCUCUAUGUCUGGACCUCAGUCAGGCCCUGGGCCCACCAUCACUAUGCCAGGACAAAAUCAGACACACGGACCCAAACCCUGGCCUGAAGGUCAAGGUGGUGAUACUCCCAGCAACCCCCAGAAGCUUCUAGCUCCGCCACCCAGUGGUAGACCCUCACCUGCCCCACCCCCGGCCCCCCCCCCUGGACCCAUGUCCGGCCCCUCUAUUACCCAUCAGCCCCAGGGACAGCAGCCGUCGCCCGUCAUCACACUGCAACAGAAACAGAACCGCGUCACGCCGAUCCAGAAACCACAGGGCCUGGACCCCACAGAGAUACUGCAGGAGCGAGAGUACAGGCUGCAGGCCCGUAUCGCCCACCGGAUCCGGGAGCUGGAGAGUCUCCCCGGAGCUCUGCCUCCGGACCUGAGGAGUAAAGCCACGGUGGAACUCAAGGCUCUGAGACUUCUCAACUUCCAGCGACAGCUGCGUCAGGAUGUGGUCCAGUGUAUGCGUAGAGACACCACCCUGGAGACGGCCCUGAACUCCAAGGCUUACAAGAGGAGCAAGCGCCAGACGCUGAGGGAGGCUCGCAUGACGGAGAAACUGGAGAAACAGCAGAAGAUGGAACAGGAGAGGAAACGUAGACAGAAACACCAGGAGUAUCUGAGCAGCAUCUUGCAGCAUGCGAAGGACUUCAAGGACUACCACCGCUCUAUCACUGCCAAGAUGCAGAAGCAGAACAAGGCCAUCACCACCUGGCACACGAACACAGAGAGAGAACAGAAGAAAGAGACAGAGAGGAUCGAGAAGGAGAGGAUGAGUAGACUUAUGGCGGAGGAUGAGGAGGGCUACAGGAAGCUGAUCGACCAGAAGAAGGACAAGCGUCUGGCGUAUCUGCUGCAGCAGACUGACGAGUACGUGGCUAACCUCACUGACCUCGUCUACGAACACAAGGCUGCACAGGCCGCCAACAUGAAGAAGAAGAAGAAGAAGAAGCAGAAGAAGAAGAAGAAUAUUGAUGAGAGCGGGGAAGGGAUGAGUGGCAUCGGGCCUGACGGGGAGCCCGUGGAUGAGAGCAGUCAGAUGAGUGAGCUGCCAGUGAAAGUGAUCCAGACAGAAACGGGGAAGGUUCUGCAGGGACUCGACGCCCCCAAGGCCUCACAGCUGGAGGCCUGGCUAGAGAUGAACCCUGGAUAUGAAUUAGCCCCAAGGUCAGACAGCGAGGAGAGCGGCUCAGAGUCUGAGGAGGAGGAUGAAGAGGAGGUCCCAGGAGUGUCCAGCCGGCCAGACUCUCAGUCUGAGGAGAAGAAGAUCAUCGAUACCAACAGUGACGAGUUCCCAACGAACGUAACCAAGCACAUCAUCGAGUCUGCAAAGCAGGAUGUUGAUGAUGAGUACACGGUGCCAGAGACUGAACUGACCAUCUUCCAGCAGUCCUACUACGGUGUGGCUCACGCCAUCAUUGAGAGGGUCGACAAACAGUCUUCGCUGCUCAUCAACGGCAUGCUCAAACACUACCAGGUGCAGGGUCUGGAGUGGAUGGUGUCUCUGUACAACAAUAAUCUGAACGGUAUCCUGGCUGAUGAGAUGGGGCUGGGCAAGACCAUCCAGACCAUCGCCCUCAUUACAUACCUCAUGGAACACAAGAGACUCAACGGACCCUAUCUCAUCAUCGUUCCACUAUCGACUCUGUCCAACUGGGUCUAUGAGCUGGAUAAAUGGUCUCCGUCCGUUGUGAAGAUUUCCUACAAGGGGACCCCUGCUAUGAGACGAGGCCUAGUGGCGCAGCUCCGCAGCGGGAAGUUCAAUGUCCUCCUCACCACCUACGAGUACAUCAUUAAGGACAAACAGAUCCUGGCCAAGAUCCGUUGGAAGUACAUGAUUGUUGAUGAGGGUCACCGUAUGAAGAACCACCAUUGUAAGCUGACCCAGGUGUUGAACACCCAUUAUGUUGCCCCACGACGCCUCCUCCUGACGGGCACGCCUCUGCAGAACAAGCUCCCGGAGCUCUGGGCCCUGCUCAACUUCCUGCUGCCUACCAUCUUCAAGUCCUGCAACACUUUCGAACAGUGGUUCAACGCCCCCUUUGCCAUGACCGGGGAGAGGGUGGACUUGAAUGAGGAAGAGACAAUCCUGAUUAUCCGCCGUCUCCACAAGGUGCUCCGCCCCUUCCUGCUCAGACGACUCAAGAAGGAGGUGGAGUCCCAGCUUCCAGAGAAGGUGGAGUAUGUCAUCAAGUGUGACAUGUCGGCCAUCCAGAGGGUUCUGUACCGCCACAUGCAGUGCAGAGGAAUCCUCCUCACCGAUGGAUCAGAGAAAGACAAGAAGGGUAAAGGAGGAGCGAAGACCCUGAUGAACACCAUCAUGCAGCUGAAGAAGAUCUGCAACCACCCCUACAUGUUCCCACACAUUGAGGAGUCCUUUGCUGAGCACUUAGGCUUCCCGAACGGCGUUAUAAGCGGGUAAGAUACUCAACGCCCAUUUAGUU